AUGUGGACUAAUCCGGGGAAAGUGCAUCGCUCCGUGCUAGUGUGUCUAUUCCUCACGCUGUGGGCCGAGGUAUCGCAGUCCACGGGUUACUUUGAGCUGCAGUUGCUCUCGGUGGAGAACCCCAGGGGUCAGCUGCUGACCGGUGACUGCUGCGAUUCUGAGAAGAGCGCGUCGGACGGCUACUGCGGCGCGGACGAGUGCGACACCUUCUUCAAAGUGUGCCUAAAGGAAUACCAGGCCGAGGUCGCGACCAGCGGACCGUGCACGUACGGCUCGGAAACUACCAAGGUUAUCGGUGGGAAUACUUUUCAGUUGAGGGGCGGCCAGAAGUCCGGCCAGAACCGGAACGGCGACGCCGGGAAGAUCGUCAUUCCGUUCCAGUUCGCGUGGCCGCGAGCUUACACCCUGAUAGUGGAGGCAUGGGAUAAGGACAACGGGACACACAACAGUGAUGACGAGCUUCUCAUUGACCGCAGCAUCUACAAAGGCAUGAUCAACCCUGGAGAUGAGAAGCAAAUGGUGGAGCAUAAAAGUCUAGUCGCUAACAUCGAGUACACCAUCCGUGUACGCUGCGACGAACAUUACUACGGCAGCAAAUGCAACAAAGUGUGCCGUCCCCGUAACGACUACUUUGGCCACUAUGUGUGUGACCAACUUGGAAACAGAGAGUGUAUGGAGGGCUGGACAGGACCGGACUGUAAAACAGCAAUCUGCAAACAAGGAUGCAGCCCCUUGCACGGAACAUGCAACAUGCCAGGGGAAUGCAUUUGUUCUUACGGUUGGCAGGGCCAGUUGUGUGAUGAGUGCUUGCCAUACCCCGGCUGUGUCCAUGGCACCUGCAGUGAGCCCUGGAAGUGCAACUGUGAGAAGAACUGGGGUGGCCUGCUCUGUGAUAAAGAUCUGAAUUACUGUGGGACCAAUCGGCCCUGUAAGAACGGAGGAACAUGCAUGAACACAGAGCCAGAUGAGUACAAAUGCGCAUGUCCGGACGGCUACUCUGGGAAAAACUGCGAGAUUGCGGAGCAUGCCUGUGUGUCUAACCCCUGUGCCAAUGGAGGGACCUGCCAUGAAGUCCCGUCGGGGUUUGAGUGUCAUUGUCCUGCCGGUUGGUCUGGGCCGACGUGCGCAAAAGACACGGACGAAUGCGCAUCCAGCCCUUGUGCUCAGGGUGGGACCUGCAUCGACAUGGAGAAUGGCUUCGAAUGCCUCUGCCCUCCGCAGUGGACAGGCAAAACCUGCCAGAUCGACAUUAAUGAAUGUGCAGGGAAGCCUUGCCUCAAUGCUUACUCUUGCAAAAACUUGAUUGGUGGAUAUCACUGUGCCUGCUUUCGUGGAUGGGUGGGCCAGAACUGUGACCUCAAUAUGAACAGCUGCCACGGACAGUGUCAAAAUGGAGGGACUUGCAAGGAUAUGACCAGAGGCUACCAGUGUGUUUGUCAAUCGGGUUUCGCGGGCCGGCACUGUGAGAUUCAGAGAAACAGUUGCUCCAGCGGUCCGUGUAAGAACGGCGGCCGCUGCCAUGCCCUGCUGGAUGGGUUUAUGUGCGAAUGCCCACAUGGUUUCAGUGGCACAACGUGCGAGACGCAAAACGAUCCUUGUAGCCCGAACCCCUGUCACAACAAGGCCCAGUGCCACAGCCAGAAGGGUGACUUUUACUGCAGCUGCCCAGAUGACUACGAGGGUAAAACCUGCUCAAAGCUCAAGGACCACUGCAAGACCAACAAGUGUCGAGGUAGCCAAUCACAUGGAGAAUUCUGA